ACCACAAAAGCCAAACGAAGACCACAGCCACCGAAGUCGGCGACCAAGAAGUCGGUGAGAAGUGCGAAGCGAUGCCAACUGUUCGCAGACAUCGUGUCUGCGGCCGUUUGGGUGCACGGCGUGCGAGCGGACAGUCGUGUGGCCGCGGACUCAGUGCUCGAGAUGUUGACGAGACAUAUGCUGGACGGCUGCACGUGUGUGGCCCUGUCCUCCACACACCUCCUCAUAGGUAACACACAUUUGGAGCGCUUUCUGCUGAAUGUGAAGGACUUCGAGAGGAAAGUGGACUCCGAGGAGAAGACAUCGCAGACCACCACUGAUUGCAAUAAUAGCCACAACCCGGCCAUCAAUGAUAUACACGUCCAGAAGGACAGCAAAUUGGACUCUAAUGUGAUGCCAGAGUUGGUGGAUAUGAAGAACGUGUCGGCGCUGUUGGCACCGGUGGACGAAGCGGUUGACCACUGGAGUCUCGCCUUAGCUUCCGAUGUGAAGAGCCGCGUGUUGUCCGAAGAGAUUGUAGUGAAGAUGCGGUUGUAUUACAACUUGUAUUCAGUGAUAGAGAUCUACGGCUUCUAUAAGCGAUUCUCGUCGAGAUUUAAAGCCACGAAANGCGUGUUGUCCGAAGAGAUUGUAGUGAAGAUGCGGUUGUAUUACAACUUGUAUUCAGUGAUAGAGAUCUACGGCUUCUAUAAGCGAUUCUCGUCGAGAUUUAAAGCCACGAAACUGUUGAAUGAGUUCAUCACUCAGUGUUCAAACAAAUACUCGGAAAUGGCUUUAAUUGCUAAUUACUAUUUGGUCACGAAUUACAUCCAUUUGGGAGCUCUUCGUAAAGCGAAAGCUUCUUUGAUUCAAAUAACAUCUUCGAAUUCUGGAAGUGCUUACCAAUCAAUGCCUGAUUCCUUUGGAAAGUCUCUCAAUUUGUUAGCAAAAUGUGAAUUGAAUUUAAUGAGUGGUCGACCAGAGAGGGCCGCAAAGACUUUACAACUGUUUCUCGAAUCGGAUUAUCUCUUGAAGUUAACUAUAAACCGCUAUUACAUCAAAGGGCUGACCCUGAUGUUGGCCACCAAAUUCACUUCACAACAGUUUAACUUUUCCAAGAAUUUCCGUGAAUUCUUAGAACCAAUUCAGAUGUCUGUUUGCAUUCUGAAGCGAUGGCAUCCCUGGCUUUCCCCCAACAGAGCUAACAAUGAGAAUGUUAUCAAUUCUGGAGAUGUAGACCCGCUUUGGUACAGGUACGGAGUGAUGAGCUUUGCUUUCGACGCCCUCACUCUGUCCACCAAUUUCUACAUAAACAUCGAGAUUCCCAGCGAUUCCUUCCAUUACUAUAACUCACUCUUGCGA